CUUAAAUGUGACUACUACGUAUAUAAUUGCAUUUACAUGUGUAAACAAAGUAUAUAAUUGCACUUACAUGUAAAAUAUUCUUUGCAUUUACAUGUGUAAACAAAGUAUAUAUAAUUGCAUAUUUUAUCGAAUGUGUAGUGCUUUUCGGAGUUACAAGAGACUAGGUGGACAAUCUAAGGGAACUAAAUUAACAUGGAUUCCAGCACAGUGUGCUCAACAACCGGGAUCACUAGAUUGUGGCUACUACGUCAUGCGUUUUAUGUACGACAUAAUAAUGAAUCAUGGUAAUAGUCAAGAUCUUACUAAGGAUUUUUCAAGAACAUUGCCUUAUUCAGCGGAGGAGAUUAAUGAGGUGAAAGAUUUUUGGGCAGAUUACUUCAUGAACAAUGUCGAAUUUUUAGCUUAAUUUGUAAUAUGAACUUGAUCUCUAGCUAGCUACGUACCUUUGUUGUAAUAAUUUUAUGUUUGUUGUAACAUGUUGGUUGAUCGAUCUAUGACGAAUUUAAUUGCCUUUUAUUGGGAACGUUAAUUACGUUGUAAACUUUUGUGACAGGUAUUAAUUAUAAAUGUAUUCCCGGUAUUGGGAAUGAA